AAAUCUUUAACAAUAAUCCAUCCUCCAACUGAAUUAAUCUCAUCAUUUUGUUUCGUUUCUUCAGGUAUCACACUUAUGUUAUCAAACAAAUCUUUAACUUCCCUUUUUGAUGAAGUUUAUAAUUUUGAUGUUAAUUUCGUUUUAAAUUUAGUUAUAUCAUUAACUUUUAUUACACUUUCUUUUGUUACUUUAUUAUUAUUCAUUUAUAAAUAUUCUUUAAAAAAAAAUAUGAAUUAAAAAUAA